AACUAGUCGUAUGUAACCUGUACUGUAUGAACUGUCGGGCAUAGUAUUUAGCGAUAAAAAUGGUUGACAAGGAAGCCGAUAAGAAAACCAAUGUGUAUGCAGCAGUUGGAGUAGGUUUUGUGUGUUUGGUGGUCGGUCUGCCUUUAUGGUGGAAAACCACAGAAGUCUACAGAGUCAGUCUACCUUACUCCGAUAUAGACACACUAGCUGGCACCAAGAUUCAGUACACCGUGGACAUUAUUGUUAAAAGUUUUCUGAAGACCUCUUCCGAAAAGGACUUGGCUGUGUUGUCAAGGAAUCUGCUGGAUCAGCUAGGUGGCAAGCAAGACGCUCUCGUGAAAUCCUAUUAUCGAACAAUAGUCAAAGCAGCUAGUACUGAGGAACUUCAAUUCCUGGAGAAAAGUGCAUCUCUAAAAGAGCUAGACUCGCUUUUAAGCAACAAUGAAGGCCAAAGUAAGCCAAAUAAAUACUCCGUUUUCAUUCUUCCAAGGAAUUCACGAAUCUCCAUCAGUAAACCUACGUUUGGAUGUCGCAGAAAUGUUUUCAUUCCAGAGCCAGAAAAAGAUUUCCCAGGUGUUGCAGUAACUAUAGCCCACCUCGUGAAAGAUUCCCUAGUCAGAGAGUCAACAGUUCUUAAAAGAUAUAAGACAGCCAGGGGGACUCGAAAUUUGAAGCCUGAUAAGGAGACAAUGCGGUCAGUGCGGUUCAGCUCCGGGUAUGAUGUGACCUUGACCUUGGUCAGCCCUAGACCAGACAUACUGGACGUGCAGUGGGACGCAAAGUCGGGCAUCAGUGCGUAUUUGACUCCGUUUGUGUUGAGGAUGUCCAACUACACGAGCAUUGUUGUGAAGUCUCAGGUGUUGUUCUUCACCAAGCUGCACACGAAGCCAAAGAAGGAGAACAACGAGUUUUACUUCACACCAGAUGACCUGCCACACAUGAUAAACCCGCUUGAAGCAAAACUGGGUUCACCUGCCUCCACCAAUCCAGAGCUGAAUUUCCUGGUGUACGUUCCCAGUAGGAGUGAAUAUCCCCUCUACAUCCAUGAUGCACAAGGUACCAAGCUGGAGAGCAAUGCGUUCUUCAGUCCCCAGUGGGGAGGGGUCUACAUCUACAAUGUGGCCCCUCCCUCCCCUGACACCGAGGGGCCAGUGCAACACACGCUGGAUAUGUCGCGCAUUAUGGAGGUCUUUGUGACUGAACUCAGACUGCUACUGAACUUCAAUUCACCGGCAUCCGAAGAGCAUGAUGUGUUGCCAACGGGAGUAGAGUCCAUUCGUGACUGGGAGCUGGAUGUAUGGUUGCGCAGUCGCUGUGUGGAGAACCUUGCUACCUCGUCUGCCUCACUGAAGUCUCUUGCUCAACUGCUUGGCAAGAUCAGUAACAUAGUCAUCAAGGACGACAUUGGAAAUGAGGUGAAGACAGCAGUUGCAGCCAUGCAGCUGGCUCUGGACUUACUGAGGGACGGAGACCUGAAGGCGGCAUACCUGGAGUCGAGGAGGGCUGUGACUGCUUCAGAAAAGGCCUUCUUUGACCCAUCUUUACUGGAGCUUUUAUACUUCCCAGAGGAUCAAAAGUUCGCCAUCUAUAUCCCACUGUUCCUGCCAAUCAGUUUCCCAGUGAUCUCCUCCCUUUGGCAGGCCUACAAAUGGUGGCGUGGGGCUGACAAACCAAAAACUGAAUGAGGAGAAUUGGCUUACUUAGUGUUUUAAAUAAACUAAGCAGGGAUUUCCAUUGUAGCAGAAUACUGUAUUUUGAAGCAUGCAUUUUGAAAUGUUAUCACUUUUGAAUCCUUCAAAAUGUUGGCCUUGAAUCAUUUUAAAGCAAAUAUAACCAGGAAGGUAAGUCUAUAAUAUAUAUUAUGUCAUGAAAAUUGGGGGUUUGCAUAGUAUUUUUCUCAAAUUUAUACUUACAAAUAUUGGCAGAUCAAUUAUGCAGAAAAAAUGUUACUCUUGAUUUUGGUAUUUUGACCGCCCAAAAAGCGUAUUUGACUCCUGCAAGGAAGGUUUAUUUAAAUCCUGGUUCUCAAAAUCAAUCGAAAGCCAUUGGCAAGGGAGACUGAUGAAGUCCUUUGAAAAGAAAUAGAAUGAUAAGGGUGUUGAUUUUGUUGCUGGCAUUUUGAACAAACAAGAGAGAGAGAGAGGAUAAGGGUCCUUAGAAAAGUGUAAUAUUCUAUGUAUAUCUUAUGUGCAGCUCAAUAUGUUUUGUAUUUUUUAACUCGCCUGAGUAUAAAGUGCUCAAGAUGAGUUAUGGCGAUCAUCCUAUGUCUGGUGGCAUGUGGUGUUCGUCGUCAACUUUUAACCUGUUACCACUCUAGAGGCCACAUUUUAAUGCCCCUACAACGUGGGAAGUAUUAAGCCUUGCACUUGUCUGCUCAGCCUGAAUCUUGUGUUUUGAUCUCAAACAUAUUAACUGGGUGGAUCUUACUCAAACUUUUGCAGUUCAAUUGUAGAUAUGAUGUAAAAGAAAUGAUUUUGGCAUGGGACGAUUUUAUGCAGCAUUUUGACCUUUGUCUGUAUUUCCAACAUAGUGGCUUUAUCCAAGUCCAAACAUGUGUUGUGGGUGCAUCAGUAUUUGUGACAUAUUUCUUGUUAAAUCAAUGUCAAUAAAACUCGGUCUGAGUGUUUAUCUUGACAAUAUCUAGACUUAGUUUGAAUCUUUGUCAAGUGUUUCCCAAAACAUUUCACCAGGUGAAUUUUUUUAAAAACCUUGUAACCACGCUUAGGGUCAUAUUUAUGGCUCUUUCUUGAAACUUUGCCAGAUUGUUUAUUUUGACAAUAUCUAUGUCAAGUUUGAAUCUGGGUCAUUUGUGUCUAGAAACUAUUUCACCAGGUGAGCCAGUUAGCAUUCACCAGGUGAACCAGUUAGCAUUCACCAGGUGAACCAGUUAACAUUCACCAGGUGAACCAGUUAGCACUGUAGAAUCCACAUCUUUUACUCAAUCUUGAUGAAACUUGGUAGUAUUUUAAUAAACAAUAUCAAGGUCAACUUUAAAUGUGGGUAAAUUGUGUCCAAAAACUAGGUCACUAGGUCAAAUGUUUGGAUUCUAGAAGCCACAUUAAUAACUCAAUCUUAAAGAACUUUGGUCAGAAUGUUUUCUUGGCUGUAUCCAAGCAAAAUUUGAAUCUGGUUCUUGGUCACCGAAAACUAGGUCACAAGGUCAAGUCUUUAAAAAAAAUCUCCCUCAAAGCCACUUUAAAUUCAAUUGUUAUGAAACUUGGUCAUAAUCUUUAUACUUGAUUAAGAAUCUUUAUACUUGAUUAAGGCCUUGUUUGAGUCUGGGUCAAAUUUGUUAAAAUAUUGGCUCACCAAAUUAAUUUGUGACUCUUUGUUUAGCUUGAACUCAGUUGAGCACUUCAGGACCAUCACCCUCUUGUUGAUGUGUUACCGCUGAUCAAAAGUGCUGUAAAUCAUGCACAGGCCAUUGGCAAUAAAUACAGAUUAUGCUGCCAAAUUAAGUUAUGAUGAUUCAUAAUUCCAAUUAUGUUGUGUCUUGUGCAUUUAAGUGUAAAACCAUAUAGUAUAUAUGAAGUUAUUUAGCAUGUUUGUCCUGUUAAAGAUAUAACCUUAUGCUGACUUUUUUAUUUAAUGUUCAAAAUUGAGCUGAUAUUUUGUAUUAUUUUCAUAUAAUUUAUUUGAAAACUUAUCCCAAAGUGUGUUGUUUUUGUUGUUAUGGAAAUAUUAUCACUUUCAAUAAAACACUCGUAUUUUGAUAUCUACAAUGUAUUGUAUUUCUUGUCUAAAAUAAAAUCAUGUUAAGCUCGA